UUUGCUUGUGUUGGGAGGCUGUCGGGUCUCGCAUUGUGAUGUGAGAAAGAUGUCAGAAUUUGUUGAAAUUGACGAGAAGAGAGAAUUUCAGCUAGCCUCUGCCAGAAGGCAGCGAGACGGAUGCGCUGCUUGAUUGGCCUGGGCGAACGAUGAAAUUUGGCAAGACCUUUGAGACGCACCUGACGAUAGAAUGGCGGCAGCAGUACAUGCGUUACACGGACCUGAAAACAAUGAUACGGCGCGGCGUCGAUGGCGCCCCAACGGCCGAGGGCGGCGCAACGGAUGCGGAAAUCAAUGCCUACCAGAUCGCCUUCGAGGAGCAGUUCUUCACGGAGUGCAUGCACGAGCUGACGCGCGUCAACAACUUCUUCCUGGAGAAGCUGGCCGAGGCGCGGCGGAAGCACGCCACCCUCAAGCUGCAGCUGCUGGCCACGGCCCGGGCGCCGGGGCAUACGUUCAGCUCGUACUCCCUGCAGAGCUCCCAGCGCCUGCCCUCGAUGGUCAGCCUGCGUGACAACAACAGCGGCAGCAAUCGGAAGCUGAUGACGCAGCGGCAGCUGCGGAAUGCGUAUAGCGAGUUCUAUCUGACGCUCGUGCUGCUCCAGAACUUUCAGUCCCUGAACGAGACGGGCUUCCGCAAGAUCUGCAAGAAGUACGACAAGUAUUUGAGAUCGACCAGCGGCAACGACUGGCUGGAGCAAAACGUUAACCCCGCCGCCUUCACCGACCAGCGACCCCUCGAGAAACUGAUCAUCGACGUGGAGGACCUGUACACCUACUAUCUGGCGGGGGGCGACAGGUCGCGCGCGAUGACCAAGCUCCGGGUGCCGCCCCUGGGACAGCCGACGCCGCCGCGAAUGGUGUUCCGGGCGGGACUCGCACUGGGCAUGUUCAUCAUGCUGGCCUGCACGACGCUCUUCAGCUACAUCCGUAGGCCGCCGGAGGAGAAGAAUAUCGAGCCAUUCAUCCGACUCUACCGGGGGCCCUUCACGUGGGUGAUAUUCAACUUUUUCAUGGCCGCCAAUGUCGCCGGCUGGCAGCGGGCGGGCGUCAAUCAUGUGCUGAUCUUUGAGAUUGACCCGCGCAGCCAUCUGCAGCCGGCGACAUUCCUGGAGAUCGCGUGCACCUUUGGCCUGCUGUGGACGCUGUCGAUAUUGGGGUUCCUCUUCCACGAUCUGAUCAAUGUGCAGGACCCGUUCGUCUUCCCGCUGGCACUGACGCUGAUCAUGAUAACGCUGCUGAUCAAUCCGCUGCCCAUCAUGAACUGGCCCGCGCGCUGGUGGACGAUGCGGCUGGUGGGCCGUGUGGUGACGGCGCCGUUGCAUUACGUGGGGUUCGCCGACUUCUGGAUGGGCGACCAAAUGAACUCGCUGGUCACCUGCAUGGCCGAUCACUACUACAUUGUGCGCUUCUAUGCGAACUGUUGGCUGCGCUAUGCGAGCGUCCUCUUCUGCUUCGAGGAGGAUAUGUUUGUGCCGAUCUCGCGGUGCCUGCCCGCCUGGUUUCGGUUCGCGCAGUGCCUGCGCCGGUUUCGAGACAGCGGCUCCAAGUCGGCCAGCUAUCUGCUGAACGCGGGCAAAUACUCAACGACGUUCUUCGUGGUCUUCUUUUCGACAAUGCGGGGCCGCACGGAUGAUGGCUAUGCGAAUACGUUUAGCAACCCAUACACCUGGUUCUUCAUCCUGAGCUACAUCAUCUCCACCAUCUAUUGCUAUGCGUGGGAUGUGAUCAAGGACUUUGGCAUAUUCAAGAUCUGGCGCGGCGAGCACCUGUUCCUGCGCGAGAAGCUCGUCUAUCCGCAGGCGUUCUAUUACUUUGUGAUUGUCGAGAAUCUAGUGCUGCGCUGCUUCUGGGCCGUCGAGCUAGUUGUCCUCUAUCACAAACUGAUCACUCCCUACAAUAUCAAGACCUGCGCGAGCAUACUCGAGAUCACGCGUAGUCGAUUCAUCUGGAACUACAUCAGGCUGGAGAACGAGCACUUGUACAACUGCGGCAAAUUUCGGGCCACGCGUGACAUCCACUUGGCCUCGCUGAACGCCCAGCAGGAGCGCAUGCUGGAGAACAUGAUGGGCGAGGCAGAUGGCACAGACCCAAGUGGUUCGUCCACGCGCCACGCCGACGAGCGACGUCGCCUUGCGAAAGAAUACUUCUGAAGAGC